AUGCCUGUAAAGCAUAAACAAAAUGUGCAAUCUGGUAAUAAGAAAAAAAGUAGAAAAACUAUUAUAAUUGAUUCUGAUACUGAGGUUGAAAAUGAAGAUGAUGGUAAAGAGAAUAAGUUGACUUCAAUAUUUAAUGAACUUGAAUAUUGGAAGAAAGAUUUAGCUCUUAAAGA